GUAUGGGUGAGAGUGGGCCGGGAGUGUAGUGACUGUGUAGUGAGUCUAACAGUGAACUGAAUGCCUAAAACACUCUAUUAUUAGGUGUUGUACUACCGGUUGAGUCGGUUUUGGCUCAAAACCAAACAUGUAUUCAGUAAUGCAGUCAUAGCUCAACCAUUUCCAGUUGCAUUGGUGAGAGCCAUAGGAAACCUACCUUUUCAUAAGUUUGAUGACCUACCAGUGCGAAGAGUACCAGUGCGAGAGUAAUAUAUACCCACAAAAUAGUGAAACCCAAUCACACACUGCCAGCGCUAUCACCGCUGCCAUCAUAGCCGACACCAAUUGAUCCAUCGCUCGCCUCUUCGCCCACCAAACCAUUCAUUCACUCAUUCAUUGAUUUUCAGUUUGACUCGUGAGGUACCGACUCGAGCGGACAGGUAUGUCUGGGUUGGGGCAGCAGUACUGUCUCAAGUGGAACAACCACACCAACAAUAUGGUCAAAGUCUUCAACCAGCUGUUGGACGACCAGAACUUCUGCGACGUGACCCUCGCGGUCGAUGGCGCGCACCUCAAGUGCCAUAAGCUGGUGCUGAGCGCCUGUAGCUCCUACUUCAAGGAGCUGUUUGUGUCCAAUCCGUGCAAACACCCCAUCGUUAUACUCAAAGACAUGCGUCUCGACGACAUCAAAGCCAUCGUCAACUUCAUGUACUCCGGAGAAGUGAAUGUCUCGCAGAACCAGUUGGCAGCCCUCCUCAAGACGGCGGAAGUGCUGCGCGUCAAAGGGCUCACCGAAGUGAACGACAAGCAAACCGACGCCCUGUCGGUGCCCAACACCACCGCCACCUCCGCCUCCGCCGUCGCCAAUAAGACGCCACUCGAGACACCGGUUACGCAACAGACGCCCAACAACUCCUCCGCCGGUUGCGCGACUCGGAAGAAGCGCCGGCGAAGAGGUAACCACACGACCAAUAAUAAUGUGUCGGUUUCGGGCGAAAGCGGGAACUCCUCGCAGAGCGACGACAGCAGCGACGAGACGUCCAAUAAGAAGCCAAAAGAGAGUUCGCCGGCCAUUGACGCGACCCCCGCGCGAGUCGUCAAAGAGUCUCGCAGUUUGUUAUCCGAAUCUAAUGCCACCAAAACGGUGACCAAAACACCAGAUACUCAACCCGUGAAUGUCAUUCAAACGCGAAGGAGACAAACGCUGCAGAACUUGGAGUCGGAAGUGAGUCGAGACAAUGAGGGCAGCGAACCAUCCAUUGAUUGCAGUGAACAACACGUCAAUAAUGGAAAUCAAUUGGAGUCGUGGCCAUCAGGUGCGGACCACAGCACAGCUCUGGCGCUGACCACCGCUGAAACUGAAGACGAGUCCAACGAUAUGUUUGACGUGAAGCCCAUCAUAUCAUUUGAUGAGUCGCCGACACAAGGGUCGAGUCCUUUACCCGAAGACUCAUCCGUUAUGAUAUCCAGUCCAUCGGACACGAACACCAGCGCUGGGACCAGUGCCGCACAAACCGGCAAAAUAUGUGUCUGUCAUCUCUGUCACCUCACAUUCACCGCUUACAGCAGUUUGAGAAGACAUAUGGCCAGACAUUAUGCAGACCGAGAGAGAUAUGACGUCGAGAAGACCAUUAAAAGCAAAAGGCGUUCGUCUUUGAGAUCAUUUGGGUUUCAAUCCAUACAUGACUUCGGAUAUACCGAUAGCCGCAGCGAAUGUCCCUUUUGUCACAAAAGGAUUGUUAACCUCAGAAGACAUAUAAAUGAAGUACACGUCGGAGUGCUCUUCCAGUGCCAGAUCUGUUGCCGAAAGUUUAAGCGAAAGGAUAAACUCAAUCACCACUUGAUUACUGAACAUAACAUUUGACUCCAAGUAUUGCAUCG